ACCAUCCGGUCUUUCUUCGUCUUAAACCACCAUUCCACCAACAAAAAGCCCCAAAACUUUCCCGAGAAAAUCCCUGCAAUUUUCCGUUAUUGUGGCGAGAAAAUGGAGAACACGACGCAAGAAUCCCAUCUCCGAUCCGAAAAUUCCGUGACCUAUGAAUCCCCUUACCCUCUCUACUCCAUGGCCCUCUCCUCCUCCUCUUCCCAAUCCCGAACCCGCAACCACCGCAUCGCCGUCGGCAGCUUCAUCGAGGAAUACGCCAAUCGCGUUGACCUCCUUUCCUUCGACGCCGAAACCCUAACCCUAACCGCCCACCCGGAGCUCUCCUUCGACCACCCGUACCCUCCGACGAAGCUCAUGUUCCACCCUUCCUCUGUCCAGAAGUCCUUCGACGUCCUCGCCUCCUCCGGCGACUACCUCCGCCUCUGGGAGGUCCGCGACACCUCCAUCGAGCCGAUCUCCGUCCUCAACAACAGCAAGACCAGCGAGUUCUGCGCCCCGCUGACGUCAUUCGACUGGAACGACGUCGAGCCGAAGAGGAUCGGCACCUCCAGCAUCGACACGACCUGCACCGUCUGGGACAUCGAGAAAGGCGUCGUUGAGACGCAGCUCAUUGCGCACGACAAGGAGGUCUACGACCUCGCCUGGGGAGAGGCUAGGGUUUUCGCCUCCGUCUCCGCCGACGGAUCUGUCAGAAUCUUCGAUUUGAGGGACAAGGAACACUCCACGAUCAUCUACGAGAGUCCGCAGCCCGAUACGCCCUUGCUUAGGCUUGCUUGGAACAAGCAGGACUUGAGGUAUAUGGCGACGAUUCUCAUGGACAGCAAUAAAGUUGUGAUCUUGGAUAUUCGGUCGCCCACGACGCCGGUGGCAGAGCUGGAGAGGCACCGAGCGAGUGUCAAUGCUAUCGCUUGGGCUCCGCAGAGUUACAGACACAUUUGCUCCGCCGGGGACGAUACUCAGGCCCUGAUUUGGGAGCUUCCCACGGUGGCCGGACCCAGUGGGAUUGAUCCUAUGUCAAUGUACUCCGCCGGCGCCGAGAUCAAUCAGCUCCAGUGGUCUGCCGCGCAGCCCGAUUGGAUCUCCAUCGCCUUUGCUAACAAAAUGCAGCUUUUAAAAGUUUAAGGGGAUUCCUGUGGUAGAUGGAGAUGAUGUUUCAUGGAUGUGCAGUGAAGUUAAGCAAUCAGUAAAUAUUUAUUCAGGACUGGCAAGAGAUGUUUUGACGUUCAAGGAAGAGAUUUAGUUCUCGCUUUUAGCUCGGCUACAAGAGAUUAGCUUUUUUAACUUAUGAAAGCAGAUUGUUGUUUAAUUGUCAAUUUCUUGUCCUCAGGAUAUUAGUCUGAUGUUCCCAUGUGCCUUUCGUGUAUCCAUCUUUUUUUUUAGCCAUUGUUAUAGGCUUCCCUGCCCUCUCAUCCCUCUGUAUGUAAUCCUUUGUCGUUGACAGUGUUUUAGAGAAAGAAAAGGUGAAGAUAAAAAAAGCUUUUGAAGUUCUGUUA